AUGGGUGGCCCAACCAAAGAAUUUUUCCACAUCACAAUUAAUUAUUUUAAGAAGGUUGACAAUGUCUACAAUCUGCAACUGUUUGGGGAUCUUGAUGGACAUCUUGUCCCUGUUUGUGGAGUGGAUCCAAUAGCAUCUGGUUGUUAUGAGGUAACUGGAAAGGUUGUUGCACAUAGUAUCCUCCAUGAUGGCCCAGGGUUUCUUGGGCUCUCCCCUGCUGUUGUGAAAUUCUUAUCUACAGGAUCUUUGGAUGAAGCCAAAACUGUUGUGUCAUGUGAUGAUUUACUGCCAGGGUGGAAAGUUUGUAGGUUGCGCCGAAGAUCUUCGGCGUGGAAAAUUUAUAAAUUUGCUCCAUUUUGCAUUUUCGGCACAGAAUUAUGAGGAAAUGAACUGGUGUGGCACACUGGCGUACAAAAAUUUAUUUAGUUAUGCACACUACAUUGUUUUCAACCAUUUUUGUUUGUAUUUCAGCCAUUUAAUAACGGGAAUUUGAUAGUACCUGUUCUGUCUCAUUCUAUUAAAAGUGUUGACAAUGCAACUCGGCUAAACAGGUUUGUGCAGCCACUGGCGCGUGUUACUGAACCUUAAUCAAUUCUUCGGCGCACAGGAAACAAACUUUCAACCCUGGAUUUACUGGACUUAGAUGUCAAACAGUUAUUAAAAGAACAGGUGAGAAACAGCUCUUGCUGACAAUGUAAUAAAUGAGGUAAAAAAAACCUGUACUUAUAUGCACCUUCAAUUCAUUGCAACAGGGCAUGUAUAUUACAAAACAGGGCAUGUAUAUUAUUCCUUUUUAGGUUAUAAAUAAAAAACCUGAAGAUAUUGAUCCUGUUACAAAGGAUUUGGUUAAGGAACGUAUGGUGCGUCAUGGUCUUGUUGACAUACCUAUUUCCAGCUUGAACAAAAAUAAAGCUGUUAAUGACCCUCUUGUGGCUGAAGUUGUGAUAACUUGUAUGCUUGCCCAUAAGCUGCCUAAAGUAGGCAGUCCGUUUUCACAUUAUUGCUAA